AUGGAGCUCCCUGGUGGCAAUUGCCCCUCGCUUAGCCCUACCAGGCGAGGCCAAAUGCCUCUAGCUUAUCCACGCCCUACUCAUUCCAUGUCGUUGCGAUCCCAUGACUGGGUACCUCCACACUCAGAGAGUCCUGCUACACCAGGAACAUCCAUCUUUGAACGAGCAAUGCGUCGCUCCAAUUAUGCCAGAGACCGAACCCCCAACCCAGACAACAUUGAAGAUGUGAAUUAUGAAAGCUCUCCUGAUCCCUUCCAAACCUCUCCUUGUGCCAGGCUCGGUGAUUCUUCUCUAAUCUUGUCGGAGGAUAACACCUCUAUCGCCGGCGGCGAGAAUGAAACGCGGACCACCGGUGGCUGGUACUUUGAUAUUCGUGAAGACAGCCCCGACAAGAAAUCAACCUCUCCCAGCACGCCACGAUCCUAUGGUGGCAUGAAUGAAGACAAGGAAAACAUUCUUCCCACUGACUCUGACUGGGAGUCCCCCAUCCAGAACCAAGCUCGGACUGACAACGCUGGCUUUAACGGUCUCAACAACCCCCAGCAGGAUGCCUUUGGUAUCACUCUCAUUCCUUACGCCGAUGCUCUUGCUGAACUUUCCGUUAACCGGUACGGAUAUCCUGCACCGCCUGCUAGUAUUUUCGCUUAUGAUCCUCUUCCUACCGAGCCUGCUCACAGUCCACAGCGGAUGGAGUUAGACGAGGAAGAUGAGAUUCGCGGAGAGCGCCGCGCUGACUGGCGUCGUGUCCUGGAUGAUGACCAUAUUCGGGAGCUCCAGCGCCUGACCGAUGUCUUUUCCCGUGGACUUGAACAGCAAGCGUUACACAAUGUCCAUUACGCUAUGCCAGACGAGCGUUUCCAGGGAUUUUCAAGCAUCUUUAUGGAGGAUCGUCCCGUCACUGAGCAUCGGCGUCGCCGGAAUCGUGGACACGAUUCCGAGGGAGAGGAGAAUUAG